AUCCAAUUUCUUUUACAAUUCCUCACUCUUUCAGUUCAGUGAUAUAUAUAUAGACGAGUUAGGCAGCCAAAUUUGUGACAUCCCUCUGUGAGCUUGUUAAUCGUCUCCAAUGGCCGCAAAGCAUUACGGUAAUACUUACGAUUUUGCUCCCGUUCACCCCAAAGCUGCUCCUGCUACCUUCUCCGCCGCUCCAGCUUCUUCUGAUAUGUCCCAGAGUUGGGGCAACGACGAUCAGAAACCAACUAAAACUGCACCGCCUUUGAACACUGCUGAAUAUUCUACUCACCCUUCUGCCAAAGGGAACCAGUUCACGCCAAGAGCUCAAACAGCGCAUCCUUUGGAUCCAUUGGCAGCUGCUGAAAUUGCAGUUGCUGUGGCAACUGUGAGAGCUGCUGGAACAACACCUGAGUUGCGAGAUGGGAUGCGAUUCAUUGAGGUGGUUUUACUAGAACCAGCAAAAAGUGUUGUUGCUUUGGCAGAUGCGUAUUUUUUCCCACCUUACCAGCCAUCGCUGCUGCGAAGAACCAAAGGAGGGCCUGUUAUUCCUAGUAAACUCCCUCCUAGGCAAGCUAGGCUUGUUGUCUACAACAAAAUGUCUAAUGAGACUAGUGUUUGGGUGAUUGAGCUCAGUCAAGUUCAUGCAGCGACACGUGGUGGACAGCAUAGGGGAAAAGUUGUUACAUCAAAAGUUAUAAAGGAUGUCCAACCUCCUAUGGAUGCUGCGGAAUAUGCAGAUUGUGAAGCACUCGUGAAAGACCAUCCCAUGUUUAAAGAGGCCAUGAGGAGGAGAGGAAUUGAAGAUAUGGAUCUUGUGAUGGUUGAUCCCUGGUGUGUUGGUUACCACGGUGAGGCUGAUGCUCCCAGCCGCAGACUUGCCAAACCACUUAUAUUUUGUCAGACCGAAAGUGACUGUCCUAUGGAAAAUGGUUAUGCACGACCAGUAGAAGGCAUUCAUGUUCUUGUUGACAUACAAAAUAUGGUGGUGAUUGAGUUUGAAGACCGUAAGCUUGUGCCCUUACCACCGGCUGAUCCAUUGAGGAACUACACUUCUGGUGAAACUAGAGGUGGAUCAGAUCGAAGUGAUCUUAAGCCUCUUCAUAUUGUGCAGCCUGAAGGCCCGAGCUUUCGUACUCAGGGUAAUUACGUCGAGUGGCAGAAGUGGAAUUUCCGUGUUGGAUUUACUCCUAGGGAGGGUUUGGUUAUUCAUUCUGUUGCGUAUGUGGAUGGUAAUCGUGGCCGGAGACCUGUGGCUCACAGGUUGAGCUUUGUUGAGAUAGUUGUGCCAUAUGGGGAUCCAAAUAAUCCACACAGGAAGAAUGCAUUUGUUGUGGGAGAGGAUGGUCUGGGAAAAAAUGCACACUCCCUUAAAAGGGGACAUGAUUCUUUAGGAUAUGUCAAAUGUUUUGAUGCCCAUUUCACAAAUUUUGCUGGAGGCAUUGACACGAUUGAAAACUGUGUUUGCAUUCACGAGGAAGACCAUGGCAUACUAUGGAAGCACCAAGACUGGCGGUCUGGCUUGGCAGAAGUUCGGAGGUCUAGAAGGUUAUCUGUUUCUUUUAUAUGCACGGUGGCAAAUCAUGAAUAUGCUUUCUUCUGGCACUUUUAUCAGGAUGGGAAGAUUGAAGCUGAAGUUAAACUGACUGGGAUACUCAGCUUGGGAGCACUGCAGCCAGGGGAAUCCCGAAAAUAUGGAACAACUAUUGCUCCAGGGUUGUAUGCUCCAAUUCAUCAGCAUUUUUUUGUUACUCGUAUGGAUAUGUGUGUUGAUUAUAGACCUGGUGAAGCAUCUAAUCAGGUUGUUGAGAUGAAUGUUAAAAUUUCAGAACCUGGGGAUGACAAUUUUCACCACAAUGCAUUCUAUGCUGAGGAGACAUUGCUUAAAUCUGAACUCCAAGCAAUGCGUGAUUGCGAUUCUUUGUCAGCUCGGCACUGGGUUGUCCAGAAUACAAGGGCAGUCAACAGGACCGGACAACUAACAGGCUACAAGCUAGUUCCUGGCUCAAAUUGUUUGCCAUUAGCUGGUCCAGAAGCCAAAUUUUUGAGAAGAGCUGCCUUUCUGAAGCACAAUCUCUGGGUUACUCAAUACUCUCCCGAAGAGAACUUUCCUGGUGGUGAAUUUCCUAACCAGAACCCCCGAGUUGGUGAGGGGUUAGCCACAUGGGUCAAGCAAAAUCGAUCCUUGGAAGAAACCGACAUUGUUCUCUGGUAUGUUUUUGGUCUCACUUAUAAUCCUCGUUUAGAAGACUGGCCUGUUAUGCCAGUUGAACAUACUGGUUUUGUGCUUCAGCCUCACGGGUUCUUUAACUGUUCCCCUGCUAUAGACGUGCCACCAAGCGUGUCGGAUGCAGAUGGCGAUGGCACCAAAGAUGGUGUAUCAAAGAUAAUAUCAAAUGGAUUAUUGGCUAAGCUUUGAAAAACUUUAAAAAUUUGUCAGUCAUUGAACUUGUAUUGUUUUCUUAAUUCAGUCAUGAAACUCUUUUUCCUUUGAACAAUGUCAAAGCUAGUUGCUAUUACAGAAAAGGGAAAAGACAUUCCUAUCUUCAU